AUGGCCAACCCACAAAGAAUUAUUGACUUACAGAAACAUUACCAAAAUUCUAACAAGAAAUUAUGGUUGAGAGGUAAGCACUCCAAGUUCGUUGUUUUCCCAUUCUACGCUUUAUUCACCGUGUCUACCAUUUUCCCAUUAUACUAUGCUGGAAGAGCUAUUGCUGGUAUCAAAGAUGAGGAAUAA